AUGCAGCUUUUACUCGGCGUCCUCGCCAACAGAGCGCUGAAUGCGUGGGCUUUGAACAAUUGGCGCGUGGCGGCCUACGCCGGCUGGAACUGGGACAAGGAGGUUGCUGUUGUGACUGGCGGCUGCGGCGGCAUUGGGAGGGAGCUCGUCCUUGGCCUCAUCCACAAGCGGGUCAAGGUCGCCAUCCUCGACGUUAUUCCGCUCCCUGAUGAUAUGAAGGACAACCCCCUGAUUCUGUACGUCAAAACCGACAUUACGUCGGCGGCCGCUAUCGCAGAGGCGGCGGCAACGAUCCGGAAGACCUUUGGUAACCCGACCAUCCUGAUCAACAACGCUGGGAUUGCCGCGCCCCAUACAAUUCUCGAAACACCCGCCGAGUUCCUCCCCAAAAUCUUCGGCGUCAAUGCAAUCGCUCUUUGGCUGUUGACCAAGGAGUUCCUGCCUAGCAUGAUCAAGGAAAACAAGGGACAAAUCGUUACCACUUCGAGCGUCACGGCCUAUAUGGCACUGCCGAGAAUGGUCGACUACUGCGCCUCAAAGGCUGCUUCCUUGACGUUCCACGAGGGCCUCAACACUGAGCUUAAGACCAAGUACAAGGCCGACGGGAUCAUAACCACGAUAGUCCAGCCCAGCUGGGUGCGGACCCCGAUGUCCCCUGAUAACGCCGACGAGAUUGAGCUUAGGGACGGCAAGAUGCUGUCGCCCCAGGAGGUUGCGGGCCGUACGCUGCAGCAGGUUUUUGCCCGCCGGGGCGGCCAACUGAUUCUGCCGGAGAAAAUGUCCUUCUUUAGCGCCAUGAAGGGUUGGCCCAACUGGAUGCAAGAGUUGCUGAGGGACGCUAUGGGUAGAAGCAGCCUGCUGUGA